AUGUUUGAGUACUUUGAAGAUCGAGAUGACCGACUGAUCUACCAUUCUGUGACUUUGGAUCCUACAGCCAUGAUCAAUGGCACGCUCCGUGGUGGGCCCAAGAGCAAGGACACCUACCCCGUCGAUUCCGUGGGAGAAGUGCCCAUAAAGAAGAUGACGCAGAAGUAUGCUCGCAAUCCUGAGGUUCCAGCCGAUGAGGACAUUGCCAAGAUUAGCUUUUACCUUUCGGAGCAAACUUCGUCCUCGAUCUACUCUUCAACGGGAAAGAUACGAGUGGACUACCAUCGAGAACCUGGUUCAUUGACUUUUGGCCAAGCCAUGUACCACUAUGAAGACGGCAACCUCCGUCGCCGGCCAUCAAACUUGCGACAGCCAACCCAGGUUCAGGUUCACAAACUGCUGCAGAUGCAGUCCAGUUGUCGGGACACCAUCAUGGCUUCACAUACCAGCAUCCAGCAGGAGCUGACCACGCGCCGAAAGGAUGAGAUCAGCAUCCGCGGCAUGAGGUCUGUCUCAGCAGGGAAGAAGCGGGACCUCACAAUCCCAGGCAGCCGUGAUGAUGUGCUGGAGCCGUCUGUUUAUGACCUGGCUCGCGAGAGCGCUCGUGUGGAAGGAACCAGAGAAGGUGCCGAAGAGGAGAAGCAGGAAGAGCAAACUUCGAAGGUAGAUAUCCUUGCUCCGUAUCUGGUGGAUUUCAUCAACAAGGAGACCGGCCUUGUGCAGCUCGACUCGCUGCAGGCGGAGCUCGUGGCCAAGAAGUGCACCACGGAUUUCCGCAAGCGCCUCACAGAUAGGGCCGAGAUCAUCCAGCGUCGUUUAGAGGAGGAGCAAGAGCUGCUCCGCAAGCGACGGGCGCAGAUGCAGCGCCGAGGGGACAGCGUGGAGCGGGAUGAGCGCGACUUCGAACAGUACCAGAACCAAGCUAUGUUUCGGACGCAGAUCUUGGAGCAGCGGCUGGCCCGACAUGAGAUGCAGGCGAUUGAGAAGUUCCAGGAUCUGGAGAGGAUGCUGCAGGAGGACCCUCGUCUGGCAGCGAUGUGGCAAAAGGAGCCGGCGGCGGUGAAGGGUUGA